ACUCUCGCGGCUGUCGGUGGCCCGGCACCCGCGUGGGCUGGGCAGGGGGUCGCGCCGCUGGUCCGGCGGGAGAGAGGCGCCAUGGGCAAGCUGCGCCGGCGGUACAACCUCAAGGGGCGCCUGCAGGCGGGCCCCGACCCCUCGAAGGGGCCGCCUGCCCCGCCCGCUGUUCGGCUGGAGCUGGAGGACAAGGACACACUGAAAGGAGUGGACGCCAGCAAUGCCCUUGUGCUGCCCGGGAGAAAGAAGAAGAAGACCAAGGCCCCUCCCUUGUCCAGGAAGGAGAAGAAGCCUUUGACCAAGAAGGAGAGGAAAGUGCUGCAGAAAAUCUUGGAGCAGAAGGAGAAGAAGAGCCAGCGAGCGGAGAUGCUGCAGAAGCUGAGUGAGGUCCAGGUGUCGGAGGCCGAGAUGAAACUCUUGUACACCACGUCUAAGCUGGGCACUGGCCACCGCAUGUACCACAGCAAAGAGAAGCCUGACGAAACGGCAGUGCAGGGCCACCAGAAGAUCAGCAGCCUCGUGGGGGCUCACCGGAAGCGCCCCCACUGGCCAGCAGAGGAGGAGGCUGAGUCCUCGGGGGAUUCUGAACCUGAGGAGACGGCUGCUGAGGCCACCACAGCACAGCUUCCGCUGGCCCCAACUGGGGGUAGGCAGGAGAGCCCUGCACCCCACGGGCAGCCCUCUGCAGCUACAGCACCUUCUCCCUCAAAGGGAGCAACCUCCAAUCUGCCGAGGCCCCUGGCGAAGCCCGCGGUGUUCGUCCCCGUGAACCGCGUGCCCGAGAUGCAGGAAGAGCGGCUCAAGCUCCCGAUCCUCGCAGAGGAGCAGGUGAUCAUGGAGGCAGUGGCUGACAACCCUAUCGUCAUCGUGUGUGGCGAGACGGGGAGUGGGAAGACCACACAGGUGCCCCAGUUUCUCUACGAAGCAGGCUACAGCAGCGAUGACAGCAUCAUUGGUGUCACAGAGCCCCGCCGAGUGGCUGCUGUGGCCAUGUCCCAGCGAGUGGCCAAGGAGAUGAAUCUGUCACAGAGGGUCGUCUCCUACCAGAUCCGUUACGAAGGAAACGUGACCAGUGAGACCAGGAUCAAGUUCAUGACAGAUGGCGUGUUGCUCAAAGAAAUCCAGAAGGACUUCCUGCUGCUCAAGUACAGGGUGGUGAUCGUGGACGAAGCCCAUGAGCGCAGCGUGUACACGGACAUCCUCCUCGGCCUCCUGUCCCGCAUCGUGGCCCUCCGGGCAAAGAGGCACCUGCCCCUGAAGCUGCUCAUCAUGUCGGCCACGCUGCGGGUGGAGGACUUCACCCAGAACCAGCGGCUCUUCCCCCAGCCGCCUCCGGUCAUCAAGGUGGAGUCCAGGCAGUUCCCUGUGACCGUGCACUUCAACAAGCACACGCCACUACAGGACUACAGCGGCGAGUGCUUCCGGAAGGUCUGCAAGAUCCACCGGAUGCUGCCUGCAGGUGGCAUCCUGGUGUUCCUUACGGGGCAGGCGGAGGUGCACGCGCUGUGCCGCAGGCUCAGGAAGGCCUUCCCAGCCUCCAAGUCCCGGGCACCAGAGAAGGAAGACAAGAAGGACUCGGUGGAGGAAAUGCGGAAGUUCAAGAAGUCCCGGGCCAGGGCAAAGAAGGCUCGGGCUGUGACGCUGCCCAAGAUCAAUCUGGAUAACUACUCAGUGCUGCCAAUGGGCGAAGGCGACGAGGACAGGGAGGCGGAGAUGGACGAUGAGGAGGAGGCCCUGGGCUCCGACCUUGAUUUGGACCUGGGGGACGACGGGGACGACGGAGGUGAGCAGCCGGACGCCUCCCUGCCCCUCCACGUGCUCCCACUCUACUCCCUGCUGGCCCCCGAGAAGCAAGCGCAGGUCUUCAGACCUCCCCCAGAGGGGACAAGGCUGUGUGUUGUGGCCACCAACGUGGCCGAGACGUCCCUCACCAUCCCAGGCAUCAAGUAUGUGGUGGACUGUGGGAAGGUCAAGAAGCGCUUCUAUGACCGCGUCACGGGUGUAUCCUCCUUCCGUGUUACCUGGGUCUCCCAGGCAUCAGCUGAUCAGCGAGCAGGCCGCGCAGGCCGGACAGAACCAGGCCACUGCUACAGGCUGUACUCCUCUGCGGUCUUCGGUGACUUCGAGCAGUUCCCUCCUCCUGAGAUCACCCGCAGGCCCGUGGAGGACUUGAUUCUGCAGAUGAAAGCUCUCAACAUUGAGAAGGUCAUCAACUUCCCCUUCCCAACGCCUCCCUCCACGGAGGCCCUCGUGGCUGCUGAGGAGCUGCUGAUCGCACUGGGGGCCCUGCAGGCUCCCAGGCAGGCAGUAAGGUUGAAGCAGCUGCAGAGGUCCCGGCUGAGCUGCCCCAUCACGGUGCUGGGCAGGACCAUGGCCACCUUCCCUGUGGCACCCCGUUAUGCUAAGAUGCUGGCACUGAGCCGGCAGCAUGGCUGUUUGCCCUAUGCCAUCGCCAUCGUGGCCGCCAUGACUGUGCGGGAGUUGUUCGAGGAGCUGGACAGGCCAGCAGCCAGCGAGGACGAACUCGCCAUGCUGAAGGCCCGGCGGUCACGGGUGGCCCAGGUGAAGAGGGCCUGGGCGGGGCAGGGAGCCUCCCUGAAGCUCGGUGACCUCAUGGUGCUGCUGGGUGCCGUGGGAGCCUGUGAGUACGCCGGCUGCUCGCCCCAGUUCUGUGAGGCCAACGGGCUGCGGUACAAGGCCAUGCUGGAGAUCCGGCGCCUGCGGGGCCAGCUGACCACUGCAGUCAAUGCCGUGUGCCCUGAGGCUGGGCUCUUCGUGGAUCCAAAGAUGCAGCCACCCACCGAGAGCCAGGUGACCUACCUACGACAGAUGGUGACGGCCGGCCUGGGCGACCACCUGGCCCGCAGGGUGCAGAGCGAGGAGCUGCUGGAUGAGAAGUGGAGGAACGCCUACAAGACCCCUCUCCUGGAUGACCCCGUCUUCAUCCACCCCAGCUCCGUCCUUUUCAGAGAGCUCCCAGAGUUCGUGGUCUACCAGGAAAUCGUGGAGACCACCAAGAUGUACAUGAAAGGUGUCUGCACCGUGGAGGUCCAGUGGAUUCCAGCCCUGCUGCCCUCCUACUGCCAAUUUGACAAGCCCCUGGAGGAGCCAGCCCCCACCUACUGCCCCGAGCAGGGACGGGUGCUUUGUCACCGGACCAGCGUGUUCUAUCGCGUCAGCUGGCCACUCCCUGCCGUCCAGGUGGACUAUCCAGAGGGCCUCGACCGCUACAAGCACUUUGCGCGGUUUCUGCUGGAAGGGCAGGUCUUCUGCAAGCUGGCUUCCUACCAGGGCUGCCUGCUGUCCAGCCCGAGCACCAUGCUGAAGACCUGGGCCAGGCUGCAGCCCCGCACGGAGAGUCUGCUGAGGGCCCUGGUUGCCGAGAAGGCCGACUGCAGGGAUGCCCUGCUUGCCGCCUGGAAGAAAGACCCCAAAUACCUACUGGCUGAGUACUGUGAGUGGCUCCCGCAAGCCAUGCACGCCAGCGUCGAGAAGGCCUGGCCCCCCACCUCUGACCGCUGACUGGACACUUGGCUGCAGGACUGGACUGGAGACUGAAGGGGUACUGAAGGGGCUGGCAGCACCCAGCCCCCUGGCCUGCUUCCUUUUUCAUAACUAUUUAUUAUAAGGUGGACAAUUGUUGGGCCUCCCAUCUGGUCCUGUGUUAGACGUGUUCUAUGGGCUACAUUAGCCCCCAUGGAACUCAGGACUGGGGGCACCUGCUGGCCCUCCCCAGAGCUGUGGAGCCCCUCCCUGUGGCAGAAGGAGCCCCCGGGGCUGCCCAGCCCUGAGCCUGGUCUCCGAGCUAUCCCACGUGGCAGGCCCACCUCACAGCUCCGCUCUCACCUGAGGGCCUCCCUGUGAAAGGCUGGCCACAGGGACUGAGCCUCCGUCCCCCUGACGGUUGGCCACGCUGCCUUCCCCUCUGUCCUGCCCUUUCCUCUAAGGCUAAGAUGGAAGGUGGAGCAGGAGGCACCAGGCAUCAGGGGCAUCUCCGGCCUGCAUGUCCUGUGGGGUGAGGACCAGUGUCUCCUGAGCUGAGAUGGUGGAGCCUGGCCCUGCUGCCUGAGUCCCCAGCAUGGCCUGGCCCCCAGCAUGGCCUCCCUCCCUGCAGCCUCACCUCCCACUGCUCUCAAAGCCCCCUUCUGGAGCCAGGCCCUGCUCUUCCCCUCACCAGCUUCCUGGGCAGCAUCACCAGCCUGAGGAGCGUCACCAGCCCAGCACAAGGAGGAGGACCUGGGUUCCUUGCCACGCACAGACCUGGGCUGCGAUGGCAGCUUCUCUGGAAGCCCUAGUAUGGCUGCUGGCAGCGCCAGGAGGGAAGCAGGUGCCCCAUCUCAGCCACCCUCAUGGGGACCAUGCAGCCACCACAGUCCCCCCUGUCACCAGCAGCCACCCCAAGGAACCGCAAUUCCAAAUACACAGUUCUAUUUUUAAGGUACAGCUGAGCACAGUGGUGCACACAAUCCUAGUGACCAGGCAGGGGGUCACCAGUCCCAGGUAACUCUGAGCCGCUGAAGGCAAGGCCCUGCUCAAAAGGACAAGCAGGAGAGGCGGGGUGUGGCUCAGUGGUGGAACACCUCAGGGUCACCCCAGAACUGCUGGUGGUCUGUCACCCACUAGCCUAAAAGGGCUGGGACGUGGCUCAGUGUGGAGCACCCUCAGUUAUAGCCCAGCACCAAAGGGAAACGUCAUCUUGGUGGGUGUGGUGGUGCUCAUCCGUCAUCCCAGCCACUCCAGAAGCUGAGGCAGGGGGUCUGAAGGUCAAGACCAGCCUGGGCAACUCAGGGAGACCCCGUUUCCAGAAGGGCUGAGAGCUGGAGGUGGGGCACACACCUGCAACCCCAGCAGCUCAGGAGGCUGAGGCAGGAGAAUCUUAAAUUCAAAGCUAGUCUCAGCAACUUAGCAAGACCCUGUCUCAAAAAGGGCUGGGGACGUGGCACCCUAGGUUCAAUCCCCAGAACUAAAGAAAAAGCGGGGGGGGGGGGGGGGGCGGUGCGGUGAGCGUGGAGCUUAGAAGUGGGGCGCCCUGGUGCCCCACUCCAGCCCCUAGCACUGGGGAAGCGCUUUUAUUGUAAUAAAUACACGACACUAUCUUUGGGGCUUUGUUGUGUUUUUUAUUACUGGGGACUGAACCCUGGGGCAUCUUACCACUGAGCCACACCCAUCUGCCUCUCAGACCAGUGCAGGCAGCCGCUCGUGGGAAUUUGUAGGGACACAAAAUACAACGGACACAACUUACCUUCACACAAGCUUCAGGAUGGCUUCCCCCGGCUCAGCCUCAGGCUUCCCAAAAGGGAAAGCAAGAAAGGCGUGAGAGGCUGACGAGAGAGGGACGCACACUUGGAAGUGAGCUUUUAUUUGGGGGGACACUGUUCUUAGAAAGUUCUAUCCAUGGGCUGGGGAUGUGGCUCAAGCCGUAGCACGCUUGCCUGGCAUGCCUGCGGCCCAGGUUCGAUCCUCAGCACCACAUACAAACAAAGACGUUGUGUCUGCCGAAAACUAAAAAAUAUUAAAAUAAAAAAAAAAAAAGAAAGUUCUAUCCCAUGGGCUGGGGAUGUGGCUCAAGUAGUAGUGUGCUUGCCUGGCAUGCGCGGGGCGCUGGGUUCGAUCCUCAGCACCACAUAAAAAUAAAGAUGUCUACCAAAAACUAAAUUUUUUUUAAAAAAGAAAAAGUUCUAUUCAAGAAGGGGCAGGUGGGUGUAACUCAGCCCUAGGGGUGCACCCGCCAAGAAGCCCUCCUUGCUGUCUGAACGGUCAGCACCCAAACCCCAGCAAAUGCAGAGGUUGGCCAGAGCCGAUGCGUCAGGCUGGAAGGCUCCCCACACCCACCCUUUUUUUUUAUUUUUUAUUUUGAGGACAUGGCCUCCACUGCUGAGACUGGCCUCUCACCUGUGGUGCCUCUGCCUCAGCCUCCCAAGUCUGGGAUGACCAGUGGGAGCCACAGAGCCUGGCAGUAUCCCACCACCUAACUGGUUCAGUUCGGGGGCACUGGGUGCCGCCAGGUUUUUCGUGUGAGGCGUCCCCAAGGCUUACAUAGGAGGCAGUGUAAGAAGUUCCCAGGUGGAGUAGGUGGCUCCACCUGUCAGCAGGAUAGCGACUGGACUAAGGAUAGAGGCAGGCAGGAGGGGCCGAAUGCUGUGAGGUUGUAUUUUGCCCCUGUCAACGGCUUGCUCUGCUUCCUGGUGCCAUGUCCUGAGCCGCUCUCCACCAUGGCCUCCUGCCGCACUCGGUCCAGAGCUGGGGACCCGCUGUCUGUGGAUCAGGACCUGCAGCUGAGCCCCAGGAAACUUCUCUGUUGCUGUCAGCCUUCUGGUCAACCGUCACCACCACCCGCGUGCCUCACACCCUCCUGUUCAGCAGCGUGACACGCCCGUCCCUCCCCUAACCCUUUCUCCCUGUGGACCUGCGUGCUCCACAGUCCCCACCUUUUCAUUAUUGUGAAUAAAGCUGCUUUUCUCAUUUUUAAA